AAUUUUGGGAACGCAUUGACGCAUUGUGAAAUAUUUUUUACUUCAAAAAUAUAGGAAUUAAGAAAACAACAAAAUGGGCAAGGGCUUCAACAAUUAUAUGUGCAAGAAAUUCUUUCAUCCUGCCUCACGGGACAACCUCAAGCGGGUAUGGAUGGCGGAGCAGCAGGCUGAGGCAUAUAAGAAGAAGCAGGAGGAGCUGCGCACACAGUAUGAGAAGGAGCAGAAUCUGCACGAGAACAAGGCCAUGCUCAGCAAGGACAGCAAAGACAAGCUGAGCGUUAAUUUUAUGUAUGAGCCGCCGCCUGGCGUGCGCAAGGAGCGGGAAAAGGACGACGCCGAGCCGGAAUACAAGUUUGAAUGGCAGCGCAAAUACAAUGCGCCUCGCGAAUCCUAUUGCAAGGGCGACACCGAAAUUCGGGAUCAGCCCUUUGGCAUUCAGGUGCGCAACGUGCGCUGCCUCAAGUGCCACAAAUGGGGACACAUCAACACGGACAAGGAGUGCAGCAUGUACAGCAUAUCGAUGAGCGAGGCGCGCAAGCUGCACUCGGAGUCGGAGGCCAACGACAUCAUGUCCAAGAAUGUGCUCGAGGAGCAAAUGAAGGAAGAUGGCCUGAUGAUGAAGCGUUCGGCCCUGGAGCUGCAAAGCAUCAAGGCUGUGCAGCAGCGCCACCAGCUGGUGCCCAGCGACGAGGAGGACGAGGCGACGCGUGCCGCCAAGCAACAGAAUCCCGAGCUGCUGUUCCUCAAAUCGCUGAGCAAGAAACAAAAGCUAAAACUGCUCAAGAAACUGGAGAAAAUUGAGCGCAUGAAGCGCAAGGGUGAAAGGAAAUCAAUCAAAUCUUCCAAAAAGAAGUCCAAAAAGGACAGCAAAAAGCUGAAGAACAAAAAGUCGACCGAGAGCAACAACGACAGCUCAUCCUCCUCUUCCUCCUCGUCAUCCGACUCGGACAGCGGACCAGCUGACCAAAACAAGCGCCAAAAACACAACCACAAAAGCAGAGAGAGAUCGCAUUCCCGCAGCAAAAACAGGGAGCAACGCGUUCUUGGACGCGAACGUUCCCACAGCCGAAGUGGUCACACCAAUGGCUCCAAAGCAGCUGCAGAGGAACGGCACAAAGCCAGCAGAGACAAUCAUCAUCAUAGCAAUGGCCAACGCGAAAGAUCACGUAGCCCAAACAGAGAGGAGCGAACCAGGCAAAGGCGACAGCGUUCGCGCAGCGGCGACAAUCGCCGGGAGCGGGAUCGGGAACACAAAAAACGCGAGAGACAUUAGUUUCGCAAGCAUUUACAUUUUUAUAAUCGCAAUUGUAGCAAAACCCACCCAUUUUUUACUAAAAUAGAAUUCCAGCUUUUUAAAUUCA